GGCCCAGACUGCGUUCUCCGCCGGUGAAGGCUGGAGUCCUCGGUGUGGAGCAUUCACCCUCCCGGGGCACGGCUGGCCGCUUUCCUGAAAGCAGAUUUUUCCAUCUAAAUUCACGUCAGUUCUUAUUUCUCUUGCUGGCUGGGUCUGGAAGCGGACAGGGAAGUAUUGUGCAGAGGCGCGUUAUGCGAAGCUGUGUGCUAAGUGUUAUGCUUAAAAAAUUCUUGCAGCAUUCAAGUGCUGAAGAAAUUUGGGGAUUCCGGUGAGGCUGGUAAAAAAGCCUGUUGGGCAGCUGUGUCAGCGUGUUAUGAUGCCGUCUCGUACCAACCUGGCUACUGGAAUUCCCAGUAGCAAAGUGAAAUACUCAAGACUCUCUAGUACAGAUGAUGGCUACAUUGACCUUCAGUUUAAGAAAAGCCCUCCUAAGAUCCCAUAUAAGGCCAUUGCGCUUGCUACAGUGCUGUUUUUGAUUGGCGCCUUUCUCAUUAUCAUAGGCUCCCUCCUGCUGGCAGGCUAUAUCAGCAAAGGGGGGGCAGACCGGGCCGUUCCUGUCCUGAUCAUUGGCAUCCUGGUGUUCCUGCCAGGAUUUUACCACCUGCGCAUCGCCUACUAUGCAUCCAAAGGCUACCGGGGAUACUCCUAUGAUGACAUUCCAGACUUUGAUGACUAGCACCCACCCCAGCCCUGAAGAAAAGAGUCACAGAUGGAACUGAGCCCAGCUUUAAGACAUUGAGCAGAAACUAUGACUAAGGGCUAAGGAGUUCUACAGUUUGCAGAUGUUUAACAAAACAGUGGCCAGAUUUUAUAGGUCCAUCCUGAAAGAUGUUAACCAAGCUCACAAGUAACUGUCAUUCGGGCAUUCUCUUAUUUUUCAUUUUCUGGCCCUGGCAAAAAGCUCCUGACAAAGUUCCGAAUGAAUAUGCAUCAUGGGAGAAUAGCAAUUAAUUGUAUGGGAAAGUGGGAGGUUAUUCUAUAGUGGAAAGUGUUCUGCCACACCCUUUUUAGAGCUGAGCAUUCUUUUAACUAGUCCUCAUGGUCAGAGUGUUCUUAUGGAAAAUGGAAGAAUGUGAUAUGUCAGAUUUCUUAUUACUAAGUAAUUUAUUUUGAAAAUAAGUGUCUUCUCCCCAUACUCUUUAACUCUGUGUUCCAGGGGAAGACCUUGGCACAAUCAAAUAUCAGUGUGGUGCAUCUAUAAUAUUUUUUACUUGCUUUCUUAUUAACAACAACUAGGAAUUAGCAAAUUUUCAAAAUGUAAACACUUUUCUCUGUACACCAAUCCUUGGCCAGCUCUGAUCUGGCUCACUGAUAGGUUGGCCAGCAUAUAAUUUGGAUCAUUCUGUCCUAUGUAGAUCAAAAUGUUCUUAUAUCAUACCUUUAUGGACUAGACUUUUGGCUGCUUCCUAAGGAAAAAAUGUAGACUAAUGGUUAUUAUUUAGAGUUUAUAAUCCUGUUGUUAGCACCUUGUAUUAAUGUCAUUCUGCUGAAGAUUUUAAGAAUUGGCCUGGAUCUCUAGAGGACUGGACUGGCUUGAUCUGCCUCCUAGCCUGCAAAAAGUGACUUGUAUUCAAAAGAAAUUAAAAUGUCAAAAUCUAAA